UAUUUUACAACGUUUUAUUAUUUAUACACACUCGGUGGGUGCACGUCGCAAGGCCGACUGAAUGAUGGACGGCGACCGCGGUGCACCCGCAUCAAGUCCAGACCAGUUGCAGCGAGGUUGUAGWACACGGAGUGUUGAUGCGAUGAUGGUAUGUGGCGAAGAGUCGUAGCACGACCACGACGACUACCGCGACUGUGGUAUAAUAUCAAGCGCGAAUAAUAAAUUAUAACCGUUCGGUGCAUAAUACCUAGGUAUAACCGGGGUAACCGGGCCGCGCACGCACGUAAGUCGGACGGACAGCAAUCGGUGACCCGCAGGAGGACUACGGUAUGUGCCACGCGCUGCUGUUGUUCAUGGGCAACGCGAUUUCUAGUGGUGGAGGCAGCAGAAAAACAAACGAGUCGACCCGCAGUGGCGUACCCGACCUGAAGAUGACCACCACCUCCACCACCGAGGCCGUGAGCCAACUGACCAGAGAUGUGGAGCUCCUCAAAGCUGCCAUGGACGAAAAGGAYCGGACCAUCGRACAACUGGGCAGGGCCGUCGAAGACAUACGAAAUAUUCUGGAGAACGCGGUAUCAAAUCAAUUACUUGUGCCAUCGCCGCAAUCGUCACCACAUCGACUGGACAAAAAGAAAGGGGUGUCGGGAGAAUGUUCGACUUCGUCAGAAACGCCGAUGCUACUUCCUAAACAGUCCAAAUCCAUCAAAACCAAGCAUCUGAUCAAACAGGCCCUGUGCAAAAAUCAGUUUCUGAAGAAUCUAAACACCAACCAGAUUUCCGAGAUUGUGGACGUUAUGUACACGAAAGACUUUGAAGCUGGGGCAUAUGUCAUCAGGAAAGGCGAUCCGGGGUGUUGUUUGUAUGUUUCCGAGGAAGGAAUGCUCGACGUGAUCCAGAGCGGACGGGUGGUCGAUUCCAUCGGACCUGGCGAAGUGUUCGGCGAGAUGGCCAUUCUUUAUAACUGUCCGCGUACCGCAUCGGUGAGAGCCGUCCAAGAUGUCAAAGUGUGGACUUUGGAAAGAGUGGCAUAUCAGCAAAUCAUGAAGACUUCUGCUAUGAAGCGAUUUGACGAACGAGUGGGAUUUUUGAAAAGCGUACCGUUGAUGAAAGAUCUCAAUGAAGAGUUUUUAUCGAAAAUCGCUGACGUCUUGAAAGAGGAAUUUUAUCCGGAAGGGCAUUAUAUCAUAAAACAGGACACUCUGGGCGACAAGUUCUACAUACUGAGCGAAGGGCGAGUGAAAGUCACAAAGACCAAUAAAGGCGAAGACGAAGAAGAAGAGUUUGGCGUAUUGGAACAAGGGGAGUUUUUCGGGGAAGUGGCGCUGUUAAAAAAAGACAAGAGGACUGCCAACGUAGUAGCCAUGCAUCCGGGAGCAGAAUGUCUCACGCUGGACAGAGAGCCAUUUGUACAUUUCAUCGGUAAUCUAGAGGAACUAAAAAACAAAAAGUAUACGGAAGUUCCGCGAAAGCCAUCGGCCCAGUCACCGGUAGAAAUCAAAACUAAAACAUUUUACCCGGAACUGUUCCGCGUGGAGCUGACAGAUUUUGAGACAGUCGCCACGAUCGGCGUGGGCGGCUUCGGUCGGGUUGAUUUGGUGUGUCUGAAAUUGGACAGAAGCCGAUCGUACGCGAUGAAGAAACUAAAAAAACAAAAUAUCGUGGACAUGCAGCAACAGGAGCAUGUGUACAACGAGAAGACCAUUUUAGAAUCGUGUACGAGCCCGUUUAUCGGCAAACUUUACCAGACGUACAAAGACAGCAGAUACGUGUACAUGCUGAUGGAGGCUUGUCUGGGCGGCGAGGUGUGGACGCUCCUCAGGGACCGGAGGUGUUUCGACGACAACGCCGCGUGUUUCGUGAUCRCGUGCGUCGUGGAGGCACUGGACUACUUACACGGAGUCGACGUCGUCUACAGGGACUUGAAGCCGGAAAACCUGUUGCUCGAUCGACAGGGUUUCGUGAAACUGGUGGAUUUCGGAUUUGCGAAAAGGCUGCAACCGCGAGGCAAGAAGACAUGGACGUUCUGCGGCACGCCCGAGUACGUGGCCCCGGAAGUUGUGCUGAACAAAGGCCACGACCGGGCUGUAGACUUUUGGGCUCUGGGAAUACUCGUGUACGAGCUUCUGGCUGGAAUACCUCCGUUCAGCGGGAAAGAUCCAAUGGACAUCUACAACGCGAUAUUGAAAGGUAUCGGUGCUGUAAACUUCCCGAGACAAAUGAACAAAAUGACUCAAGGUCUCGUGAAACAGCUGUGUCGAAGCGAUCCGACGGAAAGGAUAGGCUAUCAAAAGGGAGGCAUACAAGACAUCAGACGGCAUGAAUGGUUCAAAGGUUUCGACUGGACCGGUUUGAGGAACAAGAGCAUAAUUCCACCCAUCAUCCCCCACAUCAACAAUCCGCUAGAUUCGUCAAAUUUCGAUAGUUAUCCCGAAGACGGAGACGUGCCACCAGACGAAUUGUCCGGCUGGGACUCGGAGUUUUGACGCAGUCAGCUGCAACGUAAAGCAAUAAAUACCUCCACAAAAUCUUCGGCAACUGUUGCAGGACUGUUUGUAUUACUACUAUUAUAAAUUAAUGUUGAAAUCGAAAUGUGACAAUAAGAGUUCAUUGCCUAGACUUAAGACUUCGUUGUGAAAACCACCAUCUUUCACAAUUUCCUAGGAGGAAAACAAUCAAUAUAGGUUGAGUAUAAUUUCAUAUGUAUAACGUUCAUACACUGUGUGUUUAACAUGUUAUAAUAUCUUCUCUAACUUCACUGUUUAUCGUGUAUUUUUGUUAAGACUUUAUUUUUAAUUAUAAAAAGACAGUCAAGCACCCAAUUGUCUUCCAAACAAUAAAUAAUUUAUCAACGAAAUAAAUAUGUGUGUUGUACUAGCAGGGUA